UGUUUUCAAAUAAAGUCUGAAAGAUAUCUGAGGUUAUAAUCUGUGACUGUUUUGUCGACUCUUUUCUUCAGGUGUGUCUGAUGUUUAUUCAGAUGAAAGAGUGAUAUCAGUGAUGGAGGGAGAUUCUGUCACGUUAAACACUGAUGUUACUGAACUACAGCAAGAUGACCAGAUUCUGUGGACGUUUAGAUUUAAUAGUUCAGAGACUCGUAUCGCUGAAAUCUAUAAACAGAUCAUCUCUAUAUAUGAUAAUAAAGAUAAUAAUGAGAUAUUUAGAGGCAGACUAAAGAUAGAUGAGCAGACAGGAUCUCUGACCAUCACAAACAUCAACAAAUUACACUCUGGACUUUAUAAACUACAGAUAAUCAGAGGAGAAAUCAAACACAAGAGCUUCAAUCUCGCUGUCUAUGGCAUUCUGCCUGUUCCUGUGAUUAUCAGAGACUCUUCACAAAAUGUUUCAUCAUCAUCAUCAUCAGUGUCCAGAUGUUCACUGCUGUGUUCAGUUGUGAAUGUGAGUGCUGUGACUCUCUCUUGGUACAAAGGAAACAGUUUAUUGUCCAGCAUCAGUGUGUCUGAUCUCAGCAUCAGUCUCUCUCUACCUCUGGAGGUGGAAUAUCAGGAGAACAACAUCUACAGCUGUGUGAUCAACAAUCCCAUCACAAACCAGACCACACAUCUGGACAUUAGUCAGUUUUGUCAGUCAAAUUCAGAAUCCAACCAGACUUCUCUUCUUUUAGUUGUGUUUCUCUUGGUCUUGCUGCUGUUAGUGAUCUCAGCUGUAGUUGUGAUGAUGAUCUGUCGACGCAGAAACUACACACAAGCUAAACAAGAGGGCAAGUAUUACAUACAACUAAAUAUAUAGAAGUGUCAAAAAAUCUUGGAAACACAAUAUCGGUUUCUUAAACUUGUUUAUUAUUUUAUAAAUAAUUAUUACAAACAGCUCCGAGUAAUGAGGAGGAGGUUGAUUACACUGAAGCAACAUUCGUUAAACAUGAAGAUCAGGAUACGGUAAGAUAUGUUUGCUAACCUCUGCUCUAAAUCUCUUUACUUGUAGAAAUCUUGCUAAGC